AUGACUCGGGUCCGUCCCCAGGUCAUGCCACCCAAACGCCGACUACGAAAGAAUACGGCCGCGAUAGCCAUACAAGAGAGCGGAUACAUCGGUUCCCCAUCAAUGGAGGAUACAAGGAAUCUUGUCCCACUUGCCUCCGCCCCGGCAAAGCAUCUCCCUCUUGACGCCCACAAUGGCUCCUGUGAAACCGGCUCGUUGACCCCAGUCCGCUUCAACUGUCAAGCCUGUGUGCGCAAGAAGAUCAAAUGCAACCGCGCGGUGCCCAAGUGUGCCAACUGCAUCAAGACCAAGCUCGAGUGUGUCUACCAGCCACCGCCGCCACGACGCAAGAGGAAACGUAGCCAGGGCGAGGAAGAUGGACAGACUCCAGGGACAGCGAACUCGCAGGCUGACGUUGCAGCCAAUAAACUGCUUCCCAAGUAUGGCAAUUCUCGCCACAUUGACGAUGUUCUGCUCCUCGACGCUGGCGAAGGUGACCUGGGUGAGUUGUCCGUGUCCGAGUCCGAGCAACAGAACCAUCAUGAAGAUGAGCCUGGUCCCGACAAAGCCACUCCAACCGGUCUUCUUGGUGCCCUUGCCGCGCAUUCCAUCUCGGAUGCAAGUACGAGAAGCGCGAUAAGCCUCACCGACCUUCACCCUAGCUGUGAGCAUGCGGCUAAGCUCUGGUAUGCCUACGUGGAGAACGUCGAGCCUCUUUGCAAGGUUCUUCAUGUUCCGACUGUCGCCAGGAUAGUCCACACCGUCUCCAAGCACCCAGCGACUGCCUCCAAGAACGAUGAAUGCAUACUGUUUGCCAUUUACCAUUUCGCCGGCCCAGCUGAUGCACAAAUAUCGGACCGCAGUCACUCAGGCAUUGGUAAAUGCCUCUUGGCUCAAGACAACCUCGUUGCCGGUUUUACAGGCUUACACUCUCUUCCUUAUCUCCUUGCGCACUCAAAUCGAUUCUCAUACAUUCUGGAUUUUGACUGGGAUUGCAAUUCGCCUGGCCCAGCGCAUAGGAUUGCAUCGGGACGGCGAAAGCGUCGGAUUGCCCCAUUUGAGGUCCAGAUGCGCCGGCGGCUCUUUUGGCAGCUGCUACCCUUGGACAGCUACGCAGGUCAAACAUCCGGCACGGGUAUAUCCAUCUCACCAGACAGCUGGGAUACUAAGCAACCGCUAAACAUUAACGAUGACCAGAUGUUCCCCGGCAUGAACGAGCCGCCUCAUGAAAAACGAGGCGCAUCAGAGAUGAUAUUUUGCUUGGCUCGGAUGGAGCUGUCAAAUUUCUACACUCGAACCGGGGUCCAGCUGAAGGGGAACGGGGGUACAAUCGAGUUCCGGACCCCCGAGGAGAUCGAGCGACUGAUUGACGAGGUGGAAGACCUCAUCGAGAAGAAGUUCUUGCGGUACUGCGACAUCUUGAACCCCUUACACUUUCUGACCACCGGCGUUAUGCGAUCCGCCAUUAGUGCUGUCCGGUUACGCGCGCGGAUGCCGCUGCUCAAGCAAGAAACUAUAACCGACACACAGCAGAGACACUUCUGCACCCUUGCCGAAAAGGUCCUCGACACCAGAAAUGUCAUGUAUAGUAAUCCCGCGACUCAAAAGUUCCGCUGGCAGAUGCAAGCGUUAUUCGUGUGGGAUUCCCUCCUUUGUAUUCUGAGGAGCAUUGCGAAGGUUGGAUUUUAUUCGCCAUCAGAGCUUGAUGCUGCCUGGAAAAGGGUUUCAGAGGUCUACGCGAAUCACGAAGCACUGCGUCAGGGCCGAAGGACCUUGUAUGCUACGAUUGCUAAGAUCACUUUGAAGGCCUGGUUACUAAACCCGCCUCGUAAUUCAACUCCCGAACCGGAUUUUAUGACCGCGCUGCGCGCUCAACACAAGCCCAAAGAGAUCGACCAGCGGCAUGACAGUACGUUUGCUGCCCAUCAAGCUACAGAUGGGGCUUUCUAUUUCGAUGAGCUUUUCGACGAUAUGAGCAGGGCUGAUCCCAAUAUGAACAAUGCCUUCAAUCUCGACCCUUCUGCCGAUUGGCUAUUCUGGGACCAAAUGUGUGGAGAAACCAGCCUUGGUUGA